UCUCUAAACUGCAGACACUAUCUCCCCGCAAUUUGUGUUGCAGCAUCUACCACUUGCAUUGCCAACGAUCUGUAGGGUUUCGUGGCGACUCUAUCCCCACUCCCACUCGCUGUGCUUCUCAUCGGCUUCUUGCACUAUCGCAACAGCUUAUGCGUCCUCGACAGCAUGGGUUUGCUGAGUUUUCUAGUGAGAGUAUCGAAUAACAAGGUCAUUCUCGCAAAUAAAAGUAUCUGUUCUUGGCUUUUCAAGGCCUGUAGUCCUAGAUGUUAGGUUAUUGUAAAUGAACCACACAGCAAAGUCCAAGAGUGUCACUCACCUCAAAAUCUACCUCCAAAUUAAGUUGCAAGUCGGAUUCAAGCGCACAUCAUACGCUGUGUCUUUCCGUUUCCAGGUUAGAUAGUGAUUGAAAGCAGCUUACAGAACUAAGAUGCAGGUGCUACAUUGAACGUUCUCAUUCUUAUUAGAGAGGAGCACUGGCCCUGCCUAGUUCCAUGAGAAUUGGGUGCGUGGAAGAUGGCAAAGUUUGUCUACAAGAGCAUAUUCAGUUUUAUGGCCACUUCGGAAUAUGCCGACACUCCUGAGCAGUUCCUGAAGCUCACCAAAGAAUGCAGUGAACGAGCUCAAAAGAUGAAUACGCCAAGUUCGUUUUCCAGCCCACCUAAAGUCAACUCUGAACUGUGCAAACAUCUAGCUGAUAAGCUGAAGUCGGCUGUCGAGAGGGCACAGUCGUUCCUCCACAUAAGAUUUCUUUUAUAUGGGGGCACGCCUAAGUAUGUCGAUGCUUUCAAGCUGUUUUAUGGUUUAGCUAACAUGGCAGUGGAGGUCAUCCGAAGUUGUUGCCAAGAGGAAUGGAUUCAAGCCGCGUUUCUGAUGACGAAUGUGGCGAAACAUAUUCUGUCAACAAGUUUUGACUUGGAGAUGUUAACUCAUUUCUUUUCUGGAUGCUGGACAUCGUCUAAAGUACUUGAGAAUAUUUUCAAAGCUGAACUUGCAAUUGUCAACAAGAAAGCCUCACAAGAUAGAGAGUCGUUGGUAGAGGAUUUGAAUGCAUUGCUCCAGAGAAGAGAAAAUGUGAGCACAGAAACGUAUCGGCUAGCUUCUCUUCUUCUGGAGAGGCUUGAUCCCCAAAGGCAGAACUUGGGAGGCAGCUCAUCAGGGGCAUAUAGCGUGGACAUGGAGAGUUUGAAAGAGAUGGAGCAGUUGGGAAAAGGUUCCUUUGCUACCGUGUUCAAAGCAAUGUGGCUGGGAGUUGAGGUUGCCAAGAAGACGUUCUAUGCACCAAGUUCCCCAGAUUUUGAGCAGGAAGUGUCAAUCCUAGCACGGCUGUCUCAUCCCAAUAUAGUGUCGUUCCUUAGUUAUGCAGAAGGUAAGCGGGAGUGCUGCAUGGUGAUGGAGUUGAUGGAUCAUGACCUUUGCGGGUUAAUGCGGAAGAUCAUGGCCAAGGACAAGCAUCGCAGUAGUCCAUUUAGCAUGUUGGAAGCAGUUGACCUCAUGCUUCAAGUUGGAAGAGGCAUUGAGUACUUGCACGAGAUGAGGAUUGUUCACCGAGGUUUGAAGGCGAUGAACAUCCUUGUGAAACAGGUGAAAGGAAAAGACGGUAGAAGUUGGUAUAUAUGGGCAAAGGUGGCAGAGUUUGGGAUGUCAAAGACGAAAGAAAGGAGUGUAACUUACAGUAACCAGACUCUGAAUACGGGGACAACACGAUGGAUGGCUCCUGAGAUGAUGAAAGAAAGUGUAAAUGAAGGGCAAGAACAAGUGUCAAAUGUCGGUAUGACAGCAAAGUAUCCUUUUGGUGGUGACGUGUGUAGUUUCGCAAUGGUGUGUUAUGAGAUUUUGACUGGAGAUGUGCCCUUUUAUGACAUAGCACAACAUAAUGAGGUGAAGAAGAAGGUAUUGAAGGGUGAUCGUCCUGGGCUACCAAAAGAUUGUCCAACUUCAUUGGAGCGAUUGAUAAGGAGGUGUUGGAGCCAAGAUGCAAGUGCACGGCCUCGAUUUGAUGAAAUAUGUGUUGAAUUGCGGAAUGUGAAAUGUCAACUGCUCAGAUCAGUCCCCAUAGCAAUAAAUUGGUUCAUGCUGCCUUACUUGUCUCUAGUUUGUUUUCUCCCGUCCGGAUCAGUCUUGUAUCCCUUGUUUUAUUAUCUGUUGAAGUACGUUUCAAGAUCAAGUUGGUCGUGUCUUGUUUAUGACAGUCGCCAACCGAAAGUGAGCUUAGUCUAUCAUGCCACAUGACUGGCUGCAUUUGUUGAUUUAGUCAUCCGCAGCGGUCACGAAGGGUAUUUGUCUUCGGAAGUUGGAUUCACAGAGGGAUUUUUGUAUUUGUGCUGUAUUUUUGGCCUCAAAAAUUGGGAAAUCCUCCGUGAAUCUCUAACGUUAUUAAUCGGCCAGUAAUCGCGCAAGCGCUAAAUGUAUCAGAUGUUGGAAUUCCAUCCUCUAAAGGAGUGACGGCUCUGUGAAUAACAUUAUCUGGCCUCACUGAUGCGCACAUGUGACAUGUUGAAUGACGUGACUAUCGCAGAAUCAACGACUCAAGAUCUGUCGAGCCAUCAUUCCAUAAGCAGACGUAUCUCCCCAAGUCCUGGAUUCGAACAGGGAAAGACUGGGGGAAUGGUGAAGUUUAGAGUUGCUGAAUUGAAAAAAAUUACUGGUAACUUUUCCGAAUCUCACUUGAUCGGAGAAGGAGAUUUUUGCAAAGUUUACCGAGGGAAGCUCAAAGAUGGUAAUGUGCUUGCUACCAAUCGAACCAGGAAGGUAAAAUUGGUUGAGGGCUUUGUGAUGGGAUUCAUUAUUCUGAAAUGUAGAUUUUUCUGAACCUGUGUUGGUUUUAUCAUAGUUUAUUUUACAUGUACUGUACUUUCUAUGCUUGGAAUUCUGAAGGAGUGGAUGUAUUUCUGGUGCACAUUGAUUUUGAGGAAUUAUUGAAGAAAAAGAAGUCUAAAGGCUACAAACACUUAGCAUCAGCAAGGAU